GAGCCGCUGUCCCUGGCCUCGCAUGUUCCCCUCUAAAAAAAAAUUUCUGUUUUGAAUUUGAAGCCCCUCUCUCGUAGAUCCUGCUCCAGUCUCACGCCGCUUCCCAGGCCACAGUCGGGCGUCUGAACACCGGGGUUUCUUUUUUUAAUUUCUCCCAAUAUUUUCGGCGUUUAGAAGACUUUAACCCCCCCCCUUUACACACACACACACACACACCACCACCUCCACUGAACAUGGCCGUGGUGAGCGGAUCGUCUGGGCCGGUUGCCCGGCUCGAGGGCCGUGAAUUCGAAUACAUGAUGAAGAAGCGCUCGGUGACCAUCGGCCGGAACUCGUCUCAGGGCUCCGUGGACGUGAGCAUGGGCCACUCGAGCUUCAUCUCCCGGCGGCAUCUGGAGAUAUUCACAGCCAGCGACGACGGCACCGGCAGCGGGGACUUCUACCUGAGGUGUCUCGGUAAAAACGGGGUGUUUGUAGACGGAGUGUUCCUCAGACGGGGCGCCCCUCCUCUGCAGCUACCGCGAAUGUGCACUUUCAGGUUCCCCAGCACAAACAUCAAGAUCACAUUCACAGCCCUGUCCAGUGGGAAGAAAGUGAAGCGCGAAGCUCCAGAGUCCCCAGUGAAACCAGUACAGCCCCAUAUCUCCCCACUGACCAUCAACAUUCCAGACAACAUCGCUCACCUAAUGAGCCCCCUGCCAUCGCCUACUGGCACCAUUAGUGCUGCUAACUCGUGCCCCUCCAGCCCGCGGGGCGCAGGCUCGUCGGGCUACAGGAUGGGUGGUCGCAUGGUCAGCUCCGCAGAGCUGCAGCUUAUAAACGACAACUCCCAGCCCGACAACGACAAAGACGCCUCUGGAGGGGACAGUCCCAAGGAUGACUCCAAACCUCCGUACUCCUAUGCACAGCUGAUAGUCCAGGCCAUCACACUGGCCACGGACAAGCAGCUCACACUAAACGGAAUCUACAAUCACAUCACAAAGAACUACCCGUACUACAGGACUGCAGACAAGGGCUGGCAGAACUCGAUCCGUCACAACCUGUCGCUGAACCGUUACUUCAUCAAAGUGGCGCGGUCGCAGGAGGAGCCGGGUAAAGGUUCGUUCUGGAGGAUAGACCCGUCCUCGGAGGGCAAGCUCAUCGAGCAGGCCUUCAGGAAACGAAGGCCCCGGGGCGUCCCCUGCUUCAGGACCCCGCACGGACCCCUCUCCUCCAGGAGUGCGCCGGCGUCUCCCAAUCACUCGGGGGUUCUCUCCGCUCACUCCAGCGGCGUCCAGACCCCCGACAGCCUAUCACGAGAGGGCUCCCCGGUUCCCCUGGAGCUGGAGACCUCCUCAGCUCCUGCCCCGACCUCCACCACGGUGGUCCAACCCAAACUGGCAGUCAUCCAGGAAGCACGCUUUGCACAAAACACACCAGGCUCGCCUGUUAACAACCAGCCGGUACUCAUAGCAGUCCAGCAGCGUCAGUUACCUCAAACCAUCAAGCCAGUGACUUACACCAUGGCCUCCCCAGUGAGCACCAGCACCUCCCAGCCCGCUGUCCAGACGGUCCACGUCCUGCAGCAGAUCCCAGCAGGGUCCCUCACCCCCGCCACAGCCGUCAUCGCCCAGCCCGCCACCAUCAUCAACAAGAGCGAGCUGCAGGAGAACGGGGAGCACACGGAGGUCAAAGUCAAAGUGGAGGCGGUCCCCACCAUCACCUCUAUAGGCGGCUCCAGUCGCAUCAUCCAGAGCACCCAGUCGGCCACUCCCCUGCAGACUGUUACCAUAGUGCAGCAGCCCCCCAUGGGUCAGCACCAGCUGCCCAUCAAGGCCAUCACACAGAACGGCACCCACAGCAUCACCACUGCCAUCCAGGGACCCACCAGCUCAGCUCCAGUAGUGGCGAGCCCCCUCCACCUGCUGGCGGCCCACGCCUCCGCCUCGGCCUCCCUCCCCACCAAACGACAGAACGGGGACCAGCUGGGCAGCGAACAGCCGGACGCCAAGCGCAAGAAAUCGGAGGACGAGGCGGCCCCGACCGCCGCCGCGGCAGACUCGGACUCGUCGGCAGCUAACGACCCGGUCAACUAGUCUGUACAACCACACACCACACGACCCCCACCCACCCCCAAACACCUCCUCCCUCCUCCACGGUUUUUCUCUCUCGUCCCUGUCAUUCGUUUUCGUUUCUCCUCCUUCUACCACUGACUCCCGAGGUGCCAAACGGAGAGGAUUCUUUUCAUUUUCAGUUUGGGUAAUCUGUUCUAGAGCAUCAAAAGGAAAAAAAUCAUGUCCACCCCUUUAAAGACUGGAAUGUGGGUUGAGAACAAAAUAAAGAAAUGGGACAAAGAUGAACUCAAAGGUGUCCCCUGUGAGCCACUGAAACAGGAGAGUGACUAAACUAAGACCACAGGAAGCCUUAACAACAAUUAACCCUUAAGAGCUGACCUUUGACCUCAAGCGGUCCAGCAGGGGGAGAGGGCCCUGACUCGGCUCGGGCUGGACGCCACCUUUCUGCCACAUCUACCUCAGAGCAGAUAGGAGACUCCAGCAGCCGGCAGACAACCUCACCCCCCCCCCGGGACCCCGUCGGGACGAAGCGACCAACCGAAGCGACGAGCACGACGAGCAUUCAAUGGUUGAAAAAACGAAAAAAAAAAAAAAAAAAAAAACGGUCAACGCAUUCAGAAAGGGAUCAACUCGGAGCCAAUAUUCCUGAAACUCUGGCAGCUAGCCUCUCACAAUACUGACCUUCCUUUAUCGCAGCUGUACGUAGACAUGCAGUAUUUUGUUGUUCAAAUGUGGAGCAUAGGAUUUUUUUUUUAUUUUUUAUGUACUUUCACUUAUCUAGAUAAGUAAUAAUUUAAUUAAAGGAAGAGUUCAAAAUGACGAGGUCGAUGACAUUUCGGUAACUAAGUUAGAAAACUCACUUUUUUUUUUUUAUGUGGACUUCCUUUUCUGUUCGGUGAAACAGUGUAAUAGUUUUGGUAACAUUUUGUUCCCCCCCCCUCGUUCUGACAUAUCCAUAUGAAAUUUGCUUAGUUAUACCUACAUAUUUUAAUACUUGCACAGAUAACCGAUAUAAGCAUAUGAAAAUCUCCAUGUGUAGUUCCAGAUGUUGACCUUGCAUGUACCCGACAACAGAGACGUUGUUAACUGUAAAUUGAACAGAGGAAAAAAAAGACCUGCUUUGUCCGAACCAGACCUGCACUUGAUUAAAUGUUUGUGUUUUUUCAUUUCCCUCCUCUUCCUCCUCCUUUUACUUCUUUUUUUUUUUUGUUUCUCCUCCCACACUUCUCCUCCUCUUCCUCGUCCCUCUCGGCUGUGUUGACGUUGUGGUGUUGGCAGACCCCCCACCCCACCCCCCCCCCCACAUUUGCUUGAUUAUUUUACUCUGUUCUGGCGACCUGGCGAGUCUGUUUUCUGAUUGUACACGUUCCAAACAAUAGUAAAAGAAAAAAAAAAUUGAUGUUUGUUCUGCUUCAGUGGAGAAAUGCUUUUUUUUAAAUAAAUUAAUUUAAAGCCC